AUGUUCCGAUCUACGGGUCGGAUAGCACUGGCAAAACUGCUGAAUCGACGCGUCCACUCGAAUGGACUAAUUGUUAGUAAAAUAUCGCAUUUCUCCCUCUCUUCCCUGAAUAAAAUCGAUAAAAACAGGUGCGGCCGGUACAAAAGCAGCAAAAACGACAAAUUCUGUUCAAAAUGGGCAACGCGACGCCGCCGCGCGUCGUCGGCUAUUAUGUUGUGUGAGUUUUCGACGAAAAAUUAUUUCUGCGCGAAAAAUCGAAUAAGUUCACUGAAAACCGUGUUCAGAUUUCCCGUAAUUCCCGAAGAGACGGUGGAGAACAAUUGUUUCAUGUACAAUAUCGCGAAAAAUGAAGAUUGGCCCAAAUUGGCGACCGCCGAGCCACGCGAAAUGUACGAGGGCACAGUCCGAAUGCUCAUGGACUACGGAGCGACUGUUAUGGAGCACAUGGAGCAUCUCGCUACGUGUUAGUCUUUGAAAAUCUUGAAAAAAGUAAAAAUCUCGAAAAAAUGCGAACAUUCUACUCAAAAGCACAAAAAUGCUGGAUAAAGUGUUCAAGAGCGUCUAAAAGUUUACAUGUGUUGUGAAUCAUCAAAAUGUACCGAAAAUUGCUCAAAAAUCAAAAGUUAAGUAAAAAUCUGGAAAAAAAAAUUUCCAGUACCAGCAGAGGAGCGAAAAUUCGAGACGGUCGUGGAUCCGCUUCUGACCGAGGAGUACGACGUCAAUUUUGCAUUCCAAACGCUCGUUUUGAAAAUGCUCACCGAUUGGCCGGAUUGCAACCGGAAACUAUUCGACGCCGACCUUCAUCAUGUACUUUUCAAUCGGUUUUCUUUGCAACUUUCUCAAAAUUUCAAUUUUCAGAUUAAAAUCAUGUGCGCCCGUGAUCAAAUGGAAAAAUUGACGAAUAUCGACUUUCAAAACGCAAUAAAACAGUUGUACGAGGGGAAAGAGGGUCUGACCGAGUGGCAAUCACGUCUUCUCGAGUGGUAUCUCCUCGAGGUACGCAUGUUUGCAAAGCAUAUGCAGAAAAAUGGAUGGCGUUUUCAAUCAACUUUCAAUUUUUCUUGCAAAAACCGCUCAGAAAUCCCAAAUAUUGCAGAUCAAAGCCAGCGGACUGGACAAACACGACGAGAAGACGCGGAAAGUGCUCGGCUCGUGGAGCAGAUUCAUCGAUGAGUACAGGAGCAAGUACAUGUACGGUGUUAGCCAUUUUGUAGUGAAGAGUGCCAAAAAUGGCUUGCAUUUCUAGAAUUCUUCAGAAAACUAUAGAUUUUUCGCCACUUGUUCAGCCAAAAAACUGAUUUUCUGUUAUUUUCAGCACCGGAGUAAUGUCGACGAACGAUCAGCAGACAUUUGUAAUCAACGAUCCGAAAGUGAUCAAAGAUGCUCCGCCCCAUGUCCUUCAGAAGCUCGCCGUCGAUGAGUUAGUGGGAAAAAAACCGAAUCUUCUACACUUUUCCAUGAAAAACUAAUUUUAUGACAAACGGUCAAAGCGCCAAUUUGUCAUCAAUUUUUCAGCGAAAAAUAGUUAUUUUUGCUGAUAAAGAUCGGGUUUGCAGGCAAUCGUGGGAAUCGGGACCGUGGCGUGGACGUAUGACUCCCCACACCAUUUAUCCGUUCAUGCAGUACUGCGGAGACCGCCAGUUGAGGGCGACCGCCUGGGAAAAGUGGACCAGCAAGGUUGGGCCCUUUUUAAUGCGAAAAUUGAGCGAAAAAGCUUUCAGGCCGGAUUCGACCACGAUUUCUACAACAAUUCGAUCAACAUCGAAGAGCUCCGACACAACAAGUACGCGUUUUCUCAAAAGUUAUCUAAAACUGUCAAUUUUGCAGCGAAGGACUCGCCAAAACGCUCGGAUAUUCGUCGCCGGCCGAGCACCGACUCGCCAACAAAAUGGCCGCCUCUCCAGACACUGUACGCAGUUUCAUCAAUGCGUAAGUAUACCUCUUUAUGCUAUUUCUACGCCUAUUUUUUUAGACUGACCCGUCGCAUCCGUCCGGUGGUUAUCGAUCGGAUGGAAUCGUGGACUGCGUGGGCGGCCCGUUGUGAAAUGAUCACCGGAGAGCUGCAGGCCUACGACAUGCCCUACGUGUGCAGAAAAGAGGCCGAACAACACUACGAGUACAUUUUUGAACAAAAAAGUGAUAUAAAUGCUCUUUGUUUGCAGUGUGAACCCGCUUGACCUGAUGAAUCACUUCCCGUUCUGGCCGACAUUCCAGAAUAUUAUCCGACUCGUCGGACACAUUUUCAACCUCGAAUUCAAAGACAUUUCCGAUAGAGGCCUCGAAAAAGCGCACCCGGACGCGCGGAUCUACUCGGUCGGCGACAAAUUCUCGGGACAACACUACGGACGGCUCUACAUUGAUCCGUACGAUCGACAGAACAAACGGGGCGGCUGGAGUGCCAUCCUUGCCAGGCGUGAGUUUAGAUAUAGUAGUGAUUUAGAGCCGGUCUUUACGGUUCUAAAUCACUAUAAAUCCGGAUCUGAAACUUUCAAAAUAGAUACACAAAACCAAGACUGAUGAUUGUGCAAAGUUUUGGUGCGAUUGAAUAACUCCAACAGGGUCAAAAGUUCAAGCUCUCUAAAAAGCGCUAUGAUUUUGCAGCCGAAUCGAAGGAGCGAGGUCUCGACAAGAUCGUCUACUUCAUCGGAUCGGCCAUCGCGCCGACUGCCAACGGACCGUCUCUUCUCCAUUAUCAACAACUCCAACAACUUCUUUUUCAUGUAAACUUAUAGUUGUUUCUACCUACGUUCAUCCGAAUUCACUUUUUCUCAGUUUGGCCGCUCGGUGCAAUUGCUCCUCUCUCAGUCGCCGUACCGUGACAUCGCGAUCCCGUGGUCUCCGUUCUACGCGAGCGACUGGGACGCCGCCGACAUGUUCCCCACUUUCCUGCAGAUGUUCGUCACAAAACCGAACCUCCUCGCCAACCUCGCCAGUCCGCAUCAGGUACGAAGUCUGCAAAGUUUGGACCCGAUUCGAAUAUUGCAAGUGGGCCAAAAGCUCAGGCCCGAUAUUUUGCCUAAAACCCUCUCUAAAUUCCCUUUUUCCAGAUCACAAAGCAGGCGUUGUCGGAGGAGCAGGCGAACAGCGUGGCGCUGGCGAUCUCGCGUGCCUCGCUCUGGGACACGUACCGUACGCUCUUCUGGUCCGACUACGAUCUGUCGAUUUACGAGCUCGAGGACCGCAAACAAAAGUUCUGGCUGGAUUUGUACAAGCAAAUGUACACCGAGUACUUUCCGUUCAAACGCGCCAAAAACGACUAUCAGCCGUGCUCGUUCACCCCGAUUUUCGCUCUGCAGCCGCACAUGAGCAUGUACUACCGCAAAUUGUGGGCCGAGGUGAAAAAAUGGCAUGAAAGCGGCGCAAUCAAUUUUCAACUUUUUCCCGUUCCAGAUGCUCGCCCUGGACAUUCACGAGACAUUUGACGAGGAGGACAACGAGGUGCAGACUGGAGAACGCCUCAAGACGAGCGUGUUGCACAGGGGAAGCGGGGACGUCGCCAAGGAGCUCUUCAAACGAUUCCAGGCAUGUGAACGAUUUAUUUUGUAGCCGUUUUGUAAGGGCCAGAAGAUGUUGAAAGCUUUUGCAGGGUCGAAAUCCAUCAGUGGGACCGAUUUGUGACUACUACGCGCCGCCGUUGGCCAUUGUGGAAGAGGAGGAGGCCAGCGAAAAUGAGCGACGAUGA